AUGGCCGAUGAAACAUCAAAAACGGGUGAGAUCGUGGCAAACCAGGUAAAUUUUUUUUUUGUUUUUGGGAAUGGCUCGAGUGCGUUGCGGCUCAAAUUUUGCCAUUAAUGGGCCUUUUUUAGUCUCUGCAACGCUUCGAGCCAUUCCAAAUGCGUCCGAAACAUUUCCUUGUUUGAAAAUGAAGAAUAUAAUAUCUUCAUUCAUUCUAAACCAAUAAAUUUCUCAAAUUUUCUUGAAAAAACAGCCAUUUUUCAAACAAAAGCAGUCUAUGAGUGUGCACUAUGUAAAAAAAUUUUUUUUUCAAGUCCUAAUUUUUCCCUCCUUUCAGGACCAUCAACAACCAACUAUCGUGCAGAAGAAGAAGAAUCAUUUGGAGCAUUUAAUCGAUAAAAUUAGCUCUAAAGCUCCCAAGGCUGGUUAUACCAUAAAACCAGAAAUUAAUCAUUUUUUCAGGUAGUAGAAAAAACCAACACGGUAGCAGUAGAAUCACCUAACGGCCAGGUAAAUGAAAAGCUUGAAAAUUAGAAAUUUAUUUUUUCAGGUACCCAAUAAAAACCAUGUUGUCUAUGCGCAGCCGAGUCAGGUGAGCUUUUAAAUUCGUCAUUAUUUGAAGGAAAAGUGAUCACUUUAGGGGCAGUACCUGGCUCAGAUUCAGCACCUGGAACUCGACUCAGGGCAAGCAUCCUCCAGUCGAACUCCUCCGGUAUAUUUUUUUUUUUUUAAUUUAGAGAUUUAAAGUUACCUUUUUUUAAAACGUCUCUAGACUUCGAUCACACCGUAGCUCGAUGUAAAAUGUAUUCCUUAAACCUUCCUACCAAAAUCUGCAGAAGAACAAAAAAGCUUUCAGAAGCCCAGGAAACCCAGGAUGACAAAAGCAGAAAAGCUCGCGGCUGAACAGGAAACUCAGGUCAGUCUUCAAAAAGUCUCCAGCCACAAACUCCAAUUUUAGCGUCGUCAAAUAGACCAACUCACCCAAUUCCUAUACUGGCGAAACAUGCAUUUCCGUCUCUACAACAACAGCUUGAUCGUCGCACAGAGUGACAACGAGGAAGUCGCGGCCAACUUCCAGAAGAACCUCGCAGCUUUGAGAUACGUGCCGAGCGGCGAUUCGUUCCCUCAAAAUGGUCCAGGAAUGAUGAUGCCGAAUAUGGGGAUGUAUGGCAUGAAUCCUAGUCUUCCCAGAAUGAUCAUGCCAAACUUGGAGCAUCCCGGCAGCGUCAUCGGGAUCAAGGUCCCGAACUCGAGCUCAGGAGCUGGUUUCCUCCCAAGCGCACAGGCCUCAAACUCCAACUCAGAAGCUGCAGGAGUCGUCACACCGAAUCUGGAGCUUUAUGGUCUCAAUUCGAGCUCUCCUUGGGUCUCGAACGGUUCCGGAGCCCCUGAGAUGGUCAUGCCGAACUUCGAGCUUUUCAAAAGCUUUUUUGAAGCCCAAUCCUCGAGCUCACGUCCAGAAAGUCAAAUGUUGGACCCAUCCAACCUCCUGUCAAACAUGGACGGCAGCAGCUACGCUUCUCAAUCAUUCGAUCCAGCUACGAUCCUGCCAAACUUGGGCAUCAAUUCAACUUCCUAUAGCUCUAAUAUGAGCCCGAAAAGUUCAAACUCCCGCUCGAAGCCUCAGAAAUUGAAUCCAGCGACGUCAAACAGGCGUAGAAGCUCCAGCUCCUACCAGUCUGAUCCGCGCCCAAAAAACAAAAGAUCCUGCCCCAAAAACAAAGUGUUAGAUCCAGAAACGUCGAUGUCUUCUUUGAGCAUCAGCUCGACUUCCAGCAGCCCCCAGGUCUCCAGAAUUCAACUCUUAGAUCCAGCCACGUUCCUGCCAAGCUUAGGCUGUAGCUCCACUUCCUACAGCUCAAAAAACCCCGAAACCUCCGUCAUGCUCACGCCAAACUCUCACCGAUCCGAGACUCCAAGUCCUAGAUUCUUCUACGAAGAGGUCCAUGUCUACCGGGCAAUAUCUUCCAGCUCCUCCACUUCUCCAGGCGUCAUGUUUGGCAAUAAGAAGUUCGAGAUACUGCGCCGCUCGCACAACCGUAUCAAAAUCCUUGCAACCACGACUGCCAUUGCGUUGAAAAACGAGGUCGCCGUAGAGCUUCGCAACGUCUCCGCCUACUUCCGAACGUCUCCAAGACCACCAAUUCAUCAACCAUUCUCGGCAACCUUUCUGCCGACACCUCGAUUCUUCCCAACUACGCCGAUUUUCAAGAAAGAUGUCGAUCUGGCUACUAUUCUCGAUAUUGAUUUGUCAAUGUUUUUCGCCUGGAUCGAGCAGGAAAAGACGUGAGUUUCCUUGGAAAAAUAGCCGCAUCAAAGCUAAUUUCCAAAUUCUAGUCAUUUUUUCAAGCUCUAGCAGUAGCCCGAGUAAACCACCUAUCCAAAAAAAGCCAGAAAAAAUACCUCUUUAAUUUACAAUAAGUUUCAUUUCUUUUUUUCCUCGCGAUUUCAAAUUUUCAGUUUUACCCUUCAAAAAAGCUAUUCAAAAAAAAAAUAGCCCUGUAAAAAAAUGGAAAGAGCGGCUGAAAAAAACAAAAAAAUAUUUACGCUCCAAAGACAAUCUUCAAAUUUUCUCGAAAAUUUUAAUUUUUUGUCCUUCUUCUAAUUACCUCUGUUCCACAAGAAGCUUCAGAAAAUGAUAUAAAUUGAAAUUUGAAAGUUAAGCAGACCAAAAUUUCAAAAUUCAAAGUUAAGCAGACCAAAAUUUAAAAAUUCAAAAGUUAAGCAGACCAAAACUUCGAACUCUCAUGCUUGCCAGGUGUCCCACCGGGUGUACCCGUAUUAAACCCGUGUUCUUUUUUGAGGGCUAUUCGAGUCCCAGUUGUGCUAAAACGGGGGGAAUAAGAAGUAGGUGGUCCAGCUGUCGGAAACUGAGACCCAACUUUGCAAAAACGGUCGGCAGCUGUGGCAAAAAGUUCUACCAGCUGUUCUUUAACGGGCAUAUACGGGUACACCCGAUGAGAGCCCUUUUCAACCCUUUGGGGAGGAAAACGCUCCAUGUCAUUUAUAAAUUCAUCUUCCGUGAUUGAUCUGAAUUUGAUAGGAGCUUUAAAAUUACCCGGAAAACGGUCAAUAACACAUCUUGUGCGCUCAAAUGCCAAUUUCUCUUUCAGAGGUUAUUUCACGGACCGAGAGCUCAGGCAGUACCUCUGGUUCAUGAGCAUCUACGAGGCGCCCGUCUACAAGGAAGUCCAGGAGAUGAUCGAGAAGAAGGAGGAGCAGAAAGAAUGGAUGAACAAAGUUCCGCCGCUGGCCUCAUUCUUCUGCAUGGCCGCCAGUAGGAGCUUCAUCGACGCCUGGCGUUAUGCCAAAGACUCGAUGAGGUCGGUUUAUUCUACUUCGAGUCAAAUUGAACCUUUUGAAUUCUUCGAAGAGCCAAAAUCCGACACCAAUUAGCGCAAGUCGUUUUCGGUCGGGACAUUAUAGGGCUUCAAAUUUCGCCCUUUUUUCAAUACAAAUCUUUCCCAACGAGAACACUUUCAAACUGUUUCAAUGCUCAAAAUGCAACCUAGUUCAAAAUUGAAAUACUUCUCUAUAACCACUAGCGCAAGUCGUUUUCGGUCGGGACAUUCCAGGGCUUCAAAUUUCGCCCUUUUUUCAAUACAAAAAUUUCCUAACGAGAGAACCACUUUCAAACUGUUCCAAUGCUCAAAAUCUACACCCUAGUUCAAAUUUGAAAUACUUUUCUAUAGCCACUAGCGAAAGUCGUUCUGAGUCGGCGAUAAAUUUAAAUUUUUCUCUUUCUUAUUCAAAGUCUACCAACUUUUCGCGCCAGUUUCUCCAAUUUGAAUAGAUCCCCUCGCACCUCUCCUUCCCCGCCUCUUUACAAUUCGAAGACAAAGGAACUUUCCCAAAAAGCGAGUCGAAUCGGAAAGAAAACGCCCUGAUCUGCUAUUCAAACACGGCUAGGCUGAACCUGUGAGGGGGUUAGAUUUCCGUCUUUUCCCGCCCAAAAGAAAUAUCAACCAUUCCAAAUCUUCAAAACACAAAAAAAUCUUACAAAAAUGGAAAACUUUCAAAAAUUAGCCGUAGAGCUUAACACUUAACAUAUUUUGAGGCUCAAAAAUCUAUUUUUAACGUCUCAAAACGGCUCUGGGUGAUCUUACCAGACUACUUUUUCCCAAUUUCUGUUUAGAUUUUUUCCCGGCUUCUAUUGAAAUUUUGGAAAAUAUUAAAAUUUCUUCUGCCUUUUUCAAUCCAAUGGAAACUCAGUAUUGAUCAAUUCCUCUUGGCUCAAAUAAAAAAUUAGCAAUAGAGCGCACAUGCUUAUCAUCGUCAGGAGUAUGAAAAAAUUUUCUCUUCUUAGGAACUCCAGAGUGAUCCCUAUAGGGGUUAGGGAGGAAAACAACCCCUAUUGGGGCCGAAAAAAUUGUCCCUAUAGGAGUAAAACUAAAGGGAUCCCUAUAGGGGUCUGACCCCUCAGCCCCUAAACCUCAAGUGGACCCUCUAGGGGUCUUUCAAUUUAAUUUUGAAAAACGCUAAUUUUUUCUGUUUUUCCCAUGGGCAUGCUUCUUCGCUUAAAGUUCAUGACAAUUAUCGCAUGUCCCCUAUAGGGAUCACUUUUGCAAGCUUUAGUGGCCCCUAUAGGGGUUUGAAAAAGGUUCCUAAGAUUGCCCUUAUAGGGGCCACUCUGGAGUCCCUAGCCAUGAAGGUUCUGAAGCCAAGGUCGCACCUAAUUACUUUUCAAUGACUAUUCAAAAUCAAUGACUCGGCUCAAAAAACUUAAGUCAUUGAUAAAAUCAGCCAUAGAGCGCACAUGCAUUUAGUCCAAGGCUAUUUUCUCACACCUUCAAAAUAUUUUUCAAAAGGUUCAAUAUGAAUGUCACUCAGUGUAGGACUACUUUUCACGGCUCGAAAUUGAAAGGAUGAAGUGAAUUUGUUCAAAAGUAGCCAUAAGCUCGCAAGUUCCACCUUUCAAUCCAAGGCUCUACUGGAAAGAAAUUAGCCCUCUUUUUACCUUAAAAUUACCUUUAAAAAAUAAGAGUGACAGUUUUCCAAGGCUGUUCCUUCCUUCCCAUGCAUAAGGCUAUUAAUUCUGAUAUUCCAGGAUCUGCGGCGAGGUGCCGGACGACACGGAAGACUGGCUGCUGGAGAAGCACAUCGACGAGCCGCCUGGGACUCGUCGCCCGAGCACCGACGUCACGAUGAAGCCGCCCCGGACCUGGAAAUCCGAGGCGGUGCUUUCUAGACGCUACCUCGCCACUGCCCCGACUCCCAGCGUCGUCAAGACCCCACUAGCCCCGAUCUCCGAGUACAUUCCGCCCAAUCAGGAACAAUUGAGAGGCCGUCCCUUGAAACUCGACCUUUGCCAUGAGAACUUCAAGAGUUCGAUCCAUUACUCACAAUUGUACGAUUCCAACCUGAAUUCGCCGCAUGUCAUUGUCAGGGAGCCGGUUUUGGCUCGUGAAAGGGUCUAUUACACUGCCGCCGGUCAGGCUCCAACCAACUGCGUCUUAUCCGAUUUCAAACCGAUUGUCACUUCUCGGUUAUGGCCCAAAAUGUAA